AUGGCUCAAGUCGCUGAAACAAUGCAUAAAGGCUCCUGUAUGCUUUCAAAAUCUGAACUUGAUUUAUUUUCUGUUCCACCGACUCAAGUGGUAAUGGAAAAAGGAUUUUGGGAAGAUGUUGAUCCCAUUGCGAGUAUAUCUUCUUCGGAUACGAUAGAAUUUUUAUGUGCUGCAAAUUCUGGAGUUUAUACCGACUUAGCAAGCAGUUACCUAUACGUUAAAGCAAAGAUAACUACCGCAGCCGGAGGUAAUAUGUGUGCAGACACCCAAGUUGGACUGUCAAACCUUUGGAUGCAUGCAUUGUUCUCACAAGUUGAAAUAUUUCUGAACAACAAACUGGUCACCCCAUCAAGCACAGCCUACCCUUAUCGGGCGUAUAUCGAAACGAUCCUGAACUUUAGUAAAGACACUAAAGAUUCACAUUUGACCUCAGCACUAUUCUACAAAGAUAAAGCUGCAAAGAUGGAUGUAGUAAACCCUCUCGCACAAGAUGCCAAGGUCAAUAUGGGAUUAAAACAACGCCAUGCAUAUACACAUGAAAGUAAAUCGGUCGCCAUGGAAGGUAGAAUUCAUUCUGAUCUAUUCGUGCAAGACCAUUAUAUUCUUGGUGCUGUUCCAAUCAAGAUUAAGCUG